CACCUUUCACUCUCCAGCACAUGCUUUCUUUCUACUUCCUUGCUAUCACUACCUCUACAAGCAGGCCGAUUCUGACAGCUCACACACACGCGAUACCACACAUAAGAUCGACACCAUUGCAUGGCUGUGUUUCCAACAAGUCCCAGCGAUUUUCAUCGCCAGUACGAGAUGCGAGAGGAGCUGGGUCGCGGGCAGUACGGCGUGGUGCACCGCUGCGUCCACCGCGCCACGGGAGAGCAGCUCGCGUGCAAGCACGUCAGCGGCUCGCUCAACCUGAAAAAUCCCGCAGCAGCCAUGAACGCGGCUCGACGGGAGAUCCGGAACCUGAUGCUCCUGGAAGGCUGCAGCCACGUGGCGGCGAUUAAAGACGUCUACCGUGACGUGGAGUCCGAUUCGCUGUAUCUGGUCAUGGAGCUGUGCACCGGUGGCGAUCUGCUGCGGCGCGUGGAAGAGAAGGGACGGGUCUCAGAGCGCGAGGCGCGGAGCGUGUUUAGGGACAUGGCCAUGGCGGUGCGCCAAUGCCACGAGCGAAGCGUGGUGCAUCGCGAUAUCAAACUCGAAAAUGUCCUCCUCUGCCCCAAGCCAUUGCGCGAAAUGCGGCACAACCAUGGUGCUACUGGCGCUGCUGUGGCGGCGCCAUGCGAAGACGACUCGUCUGCUGAUGCUGGUAGCAGCCAUGCCGGUUUCUCAGCAACGGUACACGCGGAGAGCUCUGAAUCGCCGGCCACAGACGAUCUGCGGCUCUACACCGCCAAGCUGGGGGAUUUUGGCAUCUCCAUCCGGCUGCUCACCGAGCAGGAGGCACUGGGGUAUGGGGGGAGCUUCCCUUACGAAGCACCGGAGAUGAUCUCAGGGGAAGCGUACGACCACAGCGCCGACAUCUGGAGCCUUGGCGUGACGCUGUAUGCCAUGCUGUCAGGGUGCUGGCCCGCGUUUGAGGGCGGAGAGAGGAGGUUGGACGAGGGGAGGGACUGGGCAAAUUCUUGCUGGUGGUUUGUGUCGCGGCAGGCGAAGGAUCUGGUCCGUCGGAUGCUGUCGGUGGAUCCUGAGAUGCGGCCGAAGGCUGAGGAGAUUUUGAAAGAUCCCUGGCUGAGGGGUAAGGGGGCAGAGAUUGUGCGUUAUAGGGUGGCCCCUAUGCUGCUACAAUCCGUUUCUAGAAGGAGAAGGCGAUCUCCUGGGGUCGAAAGGGCCAGCAAUAGGAGUGCAAUGGUGCAACGUGGCAACAGGGAGAGGGGAGAGAACGGGGCCGAUACUGAUGCAGUGGCAAGCAGCAGCACGGCGAUGUCAGGGGUCAUGACGGUAGAGACACUGCUCUCGUCGUCUCCCUCCCAAACCUCGGUUUCAUCAUCCAUCAUCUCCCCAUCCUCCCAAACCUCGGUUUCAUCAUCCAUCAUCUCUCCAUCCUCAGUGUUGUGUUUCCCCUGCCAAGAGGGCCUCCAGCAGGGUGGGUUGAGAAAUAGCUGUAGGUGGCACGAAUAGUGUACAAAUCAGUUGUAGCAAUGUAAAUAAGAGCCAACCUAAGCUCCUUUGGUGCCGGUUGUCAAACAUGUGUAUCUGUUAUGUUUGUAUAGACUGUAUAGGGUCACCUCUUAGAGGGUACAACACUUAGGUAUUUUCACUUGUACUCUCUCACUA